ACAUCACUAUCUCUCUCUCGAACAAUGACGAUCUCACCUUUACUAUUCAUUGGUUUGAUUUGCCUUGCUGGUGGUGGCUCUCUUUUACCAGCGAAGGCGAUAUGGUUAACGAUUCCAAGUUCGGGCGAGAGAUGCGUCUACGAAAUGAUCCAAGCCAACGUUGUGGUCGUUGGCGAUUACCUUUGCAUCGAUCAAGACAACGUGGGACUUGGUCCCACGAUUGAUAUUCAUGUAACAUCACCUCAUGGGAAGGAACUAUACAAGAAAACAAACGAGACGCAUGGUCAGUUUGCAUUUACAACGAGCGAGACAGGAACAUACUUUGCUUGUUUGUCGUCUCAUCAUGAUCAGUCACAUUACACAGUCAAUGGCACUGCUAUAGUCAGUCUUGAUUGGAAGAUGGGGAUUCGAACCAAAGACUGGGAUGCUGUUGCUAAGAAAGAAAAGAUCGAGGGUGUGGAGCUUGAGCUUCGAAAAUCUGAAGAACGUGUAAAUGAAAUUAGCGCAAACAUUAUCUAUCUAAGAGUCAGGGAAGCAUCUAUGAGGGAGAUAAACGACAAGACUAACAAGAGGGUUGCACAGCUUAGCUUUAUGUCUUUAGGUCUCUCUGUUAUCGUUUCACUUUUUCAAGUUUGGCAUCUCAAACGCUUCUUCCUCAAGAAGAAGCUUAUCUAACUUGAUUGC